AUGCCUUCGCCGCCGUCCAGAUGCACGGUCCUCUCCCCGAUUUCCUUCCAUGUCCCCACCCCGAUGGAUCCAAACGUCGCCGGCGGCACCGCCCGACGCUCCGGCAAUCCCGAUUGGGUCUUGCUCCACAACUCGGCGCGCAUCUCGGGGCACCGGAACGCGACCACCGCCGGCUACCACACGGUGGAGGGCCACCCCAUCGAGGCGUCCUUCUGGCUCGUCGACCCGCCGGGAGUCUCCUACUUCUCCGUCCACUGCCCCGGCCUCAGCAAGGACUUCCAGGGCGAGCCCUACGUUCACUGCGCGGAGGCGGCCCUCGUACUCUUCACCGUGACAUUUGUCCCCGUCCCUGGCCGGAGAUCCAUCCAGCACUUCGUCUACACAGCCGGCCCCGGGGCGCCGUCAUUGGACCUGAUCCCGGACCCGAACCCGAACAAGGUCAGAAGAGGCGAUCGAUAUGGCCUCUUGCCCGGUGGUGACGACGAUACCGAGCACUACGCAGUGGUCUUCCUCGACAGGAAUUUUAUCGCCUGUGAUAAGCCUUGGUGUUUCAAUGCUCACGUCUUCUCGUCAAAGACGAGGUCGUGGAGCAGCAAGGUGCCCAUGUCUUGCCUAUCUCAAGAUGAUCAGGCAUUGCUGCUUAAGCAUGGCACCUGCAAGCCGCCGAUCAUGAUCGGCGCAACCUCGCUGGGCUGGGUCGAUCUCUUCAGAGGUAUCCUCCUCCUCUCCGACGUGCUCGGCGACUGUCCUGUGGUCACGUACAUCCAGCUGCCCGUGUCAAGGGUUUGCCACAUGAACGAGCGUGGCCUCCCUUACACUGCCAAGCAAUACUGCUGCGAUGUCUCUUCCUGCCGCGACAACGGCGGUCUCAUCAAGUUUGUCGAGAUAGAGUUCGAUGAGCCGGACCGCAGGCACAUUGGCAAUCAAGGCUGGAGAGCCAUCAUAUGGGACAGGAUGAUAAAUACUUCAGAUGGUUGGAGCCAGCGCUUCAGAGUUGAUGUUGAUAACAUUUCGGUGGACCGAUAUUAUUCCGAUUUACUGCCUCAGCUGUGGAACGACGAGACCGGAGAACUAGAACUGAAGAGACUGAUUUUAUGUACCCCCACGCUGAGCAAGCACGACGACGAUCUUCUUUACGUGAUGGCUGAGGUGAACGGUGAAGACGGCAAGGCCUGGGUCAUCACCGUCGAUAUGAAACGCGAGGCCGUGGAAGCAAUCGCCCCGUAUUCUACCAGAGGGCGCAAACUCACCUCAUGGCAUAGUCCAUGCACCUUUCCAAAGUACAUCGACCCGACGACCCGUACAGGGGAUCACGUGGCCACACAUUCUACUAAGAGGAUUAGUGCAGCAGACUGUGUACUGCAAGUGCUGCUGACUCAAGACUGGUUCAGAGAAAUUGAUGAACGCUUGGAAAUUGAGAGGCCAACCCUUGUUGAGUGCCUAUCACUACUUCAGUGUUGCCCAGUAUCAUCUGUGCUUUCAGAUAUCCAAGAAGUGGUAAAAUAUGCAUUCUCUACUGGUGAAGGCGAAGCUGCUCCCAAAGCUGUGAAUUUAUGCAUACGAUCCUUCGAAGACUUCGAUGUGCAGCUACGUGGGUUAUUGCAUGAUCCAGCGUCAACUGCCGAAGGCAUGAGGAGCAAAAUCAGUGUUGCCCUUCGAGCUUUAGACAGUAUCUUGGACAUCGUGCCGCCAUCCUUGAAGGCGCUUGCGGAUGCCUGCCAUCAAAAAGGAGGGAAAACAAUAUUUGAUCUGGGUGAGGAGCCUGGUGAUACAAAGGUUUUGAAGUUGCAGUGCUCUCCUGAUGCUAGUAACCUUUCCCACGGAAAGAAGCCGGUCCAUACAAAUGACAUAUCUUACAAGUUGCAGCAGGGGGGAAACAACCCCAACAACCGUCAGCGGAGUAAGCAUAGCCAAGCACUAAGCAAGGAAGCUAGCCGCGAUGAACGAGCGGUGGUUCCGGAUCGCCGCCGACUGGGACGGCCCAGAGGCCCUCGAUCAAGUGUUCAGAGUUAUGGGGCUCUCAGAACAAAGCCGAUGAGUCGUCUGAAAGCCUCUAUAUAUGAAGGAGGAAUUCUAUUCCAGCAAGCAAAGGAAGAUGCGGUUGCUUCACAUGCUGAUGUGGCCACCCUUGAGAAGGGUAGGAGCAAUGUUAAGAGGCAGACAUGA